AAGGAGAGGAUCGUGCGUAGCAGCGUUUCGUCGUUUGAAACUGUUUGGAAUAGGGCAAUGCGAUUGGCCACAUGCUUUAAACAUCACAAGAUUAUCUGUUUCAGGGUAGGUUGGUGUUUUAGUAGGAUUGAUGGGAAGAAACUGCUGUUGAAAUCGUACAGAGGAUACCGCUACUAUCACGAAUCACUUUGCACGAAAUUGUCUUCAGGCAUUCUGUGUAUGCGUGCCAGAGCUGUACUGUUAACAGUGCAUCGUUUUUAACAUGUUAUAGAUUUGCAUUAGGAUUUUUUUAAACAUUCUUUGCUUAAUCUCUUUUGUUGGAAAGAAAAAUACAACAUUCUUUGAACUUUUUUUGUUUGUUUGUUUGUUUUGCUAAUAAUUAUUUAUUCGCACUGAUCAUAUUGCUGUUGUGGGGAAAAAGAUGGGACUGCCUGCUUUGGAGUUCAGCGACUGUUACCUGGACAGCCCACAGUUCAGGGAAAGGUUGAAAUCUCACGAACUGGAAUUGGAUAAGACUAACAAAUUCAUCAAGGAGCUGAUCAAAGAUGGGAAGGCACUCGUCCAAUCACUGAACAAUAUGUCCUCAGCGAAGAGAAAGUUUGCUGAAUCUCUAAAUGAAUUCAAGUUUCAGUGUAUAGGAGAUGCAGAGACUGAUGAUGAAAUAUGUAUUGCGAGGUCGCUGCAGGAGUUUGCAGGGGUGUUAAAGAAUCUGGAAGACGAGAGGACAAGGAUGAUUGAGAAUGCCAGUGAUGUGUUGAUCACACCGCUAGAGCGGUUCCGCAAGGAGCAGAUUGGAACGGCAAAGGAAGCAAGAAAAAAAUAUGAGAAGGAAACAGAGAAGUACUGCAGCGUCUUGGAGAAGCACCUGAACCUGUCUUCCAAGAAAAAAGAAUCGCACCUCCUUGAGGCAGACACUCAGGUGGACCAGGUCCGUCAGCAUUUCUACGAAGUAUCGCUGGAGUACGUGUUCAAAGUGCAAGAGGUCCAGGAGAGGAAGAUGUUUGAGUUUGUUGAGCCUUUGCUGGCUUUCCUGCAAGGGCUGUUUACAUUUUAUCACCAUGGCUAUGAGCUGGCAAAGGACUUUAGCCACUUCAAGACAGAAUUAACCAUCAGCAUCCAAAAUACCAGGAAUCGUUUUGAGGGGACGAGGUCUGAGGUGGAGUGCCUGAUGAAGAAGAUGAAGGAGAACCCAGAUGAACACAAGACCAUCAGCCCCCACACCAUGCAGGGCUACCUGUUUGUGCAGGAGAAGCGUUCCUUUGUGUCCACAUGGGUGAAGCAUUACUGCACUUACCAAAGAGAGCCCAAGAGGGUCACUAUAGUGCUGUUUGAUCAGAAAUCCGGAGGGAAAGUGGGAGAAGAAGAAACGUUCAUUUUGAAGUCCUGCACUCGCAGGAAGUCUGACUCCAUUGAGAAGAGGUUCUGCUUUGAUGUGGAGGCAGUGGAUCGGCCUGGAGUGAUCACCAUGCAGGCUCUCUCAGAAGAAGACCGGAGACUCUGGAUGGAAGCUAUGGAUGGUAGAGAGCCGGUUUACAACUUGAACAGAGACAAUCAGAGCGAAGGCACUGCUCAGCUGGAUAGCAUCGGCUUUAAUAUUGUAAAGAAAUUCAUCCAUGCCGUGGAGACACGAGGAAUCAAUGAGCAAGGGCUGUACAGAAUAGUUGGUGUCAACUCCAAAGUGCAGAAGCUGCUGGGCUUAUUGAUGGAUUCCAAAACAUCAUCAGAAGUGGAUGUGGACAGCGCCACAGAAUGGGAGAUUAAAACAAUCACCAGUGCACUGAAGCACUAUCUAAGAAUGUUGCCUGGACCUCUCAUGACAUACCAAUUUCAAAGAAGCUUCAUCAAAGCUGCCAAACUGGACAAUCAAGAGGCCAGGAUCUCGGAGAUCCACAGCAUUAUUCAUAGACUCCCUGAGAAGAACAGACAGAUGAUGGACUUGCUUAUGAAGCAUUUGGCAAAUGUGGCGAACAAUCACCAGCAGAACCUAAUGACAGUGGCCAACCUAGGGGUGGUGUUUGGACCAACCUUGCUGCGGCCGCAGGAGGAGACUGUGGCGGCCAUCAUGGACAUUAAGUUCCAGAACAUAGUCAUUGAGAUCCUGAUCGAGAACCACGAGAAGAUUUUUAACAGCGUGCCUGAGUCUGCAGCGGUGCAGCCGAAUUCACAGCUGAACUCGCGUCGGCGGAGCUCAGAAUGCAAGCCCCCCUCCUGCAGCGAGAGACCCCUCACCCUGUUCCACACCACCCCCACCACCAACAAGCCGGAAAAGAGAAACAGAAUUUUGAACUCCAGUGCAGAGUCCACCCUGACUAACAUCUCUGCGAACUCCAUCAACACAGCUCGGCCCAACCUCAGUAGCCUGAACUGCAGUGAUUCUGACUUGGAGACUGUGGUGACGAAGCAGAGCAGGCCUACCUCCUUGAUUCUGUGGUCAAAUUAUGCUACACUCUCAGCAGCAUUCCUCAAGAGAUUGAAUCCCAAAAGCAGAUCAAGCAUUCCAACAAGCCCAGCGUCUCCCAGCCCCACGUCUCCACGCUCCCCCUCUUGGCCGAUGUUCUCUGCACCGUCCAGCCCUGUGCCGGCCUCCUCCACCUCCAGCGACUCCUCCCCUGUCAGCCCAACAGCCCGGAAGGCUCGAGCUCUGUAUGCCUGCAAAGCGGAGCAUGGCUCUGAACUGUCUUUCAUUGCCGGCACUAUAUUUGAUAACGUUCAUCCAUCUCGUGAACCAGGGUGGCUGGAAGGCAUGUUGGAAGGGAAGACGGGAUUAAUACCUGAAAACUACGUGGAGUUUUUAUAGCCAGAGGCGGCGGGUGACAACCCCCUGGACCUUGCAUUGUUAGCUGUUGUGAUGGAAAGAAGACUGCACGAGAGCUGAGCAUUGUCUCUGUGGCUCCGAAAGGCCUGCAUAGUGAGGGACCAGCCUGCAGUUUUCCUUCUGUGUGUGUCCUCCUGUGUGCGGACAGUGUGCUGAAUGCUUCUUUACAUAGAUGGAAAUUCACUUUUUUUUUCAGCUUUUGAACCUUUUCGAAGAGUGCCAUCAUUCCUAUUGGAUGUACCUGCAGGAUGUCUUGCCACCUUAUGGACUGAGGAGUAUGUCACACUGGACUGUGACAGAUGAGCUUAGUUUUAGACACAGAGUGGCAUAAUAAUAAUAAUAAUAAUAAUAAUAAUAAUAAUAAUAAUAAUAAUACAUUAAUAAUAAUAC